AUGGCUUUUUUUCCUCUCCAUGGCCGAAAUCCUUUCAACCCGUUCCCCGGCCCCAACCCGAUUCCAGUCCGAAUUGGGCCUCGAUUCCACUUAAUACUGGUGUUGCCGCUGCGACUGGUCCUCCUUUUCUACUUCUUCCAGUAUGAGAAAGAUGGAAAGCCAUCCGAGCUAUCUUCAGUGGACGUGUUUGUGACUACUGUGGACCCCAUGAAAGAACCUCCCCUUAUUACAGCAAACAUGAUUUUGUCAAUACUUGCUUGUGGGUUGGCUCUUACUUUGCUAUUUUCUUUCCCAUUUCUCCUGCCCACUUUUUUCGAGCCUUUCAGCUCAUAUUUGAUGUUUGCCGACUUUUUUUGUGAUCUCCCCGACGUCGUCUGCUGCGACUGCAAGAACGACUUCGUCCGGAAAGCCACCAUACCGUUAAGACAAACCUCAGGUCAAAUCUUUCACAUUGGGCCGAUAAUGGAGAAAAGAUUCGGUGCAGACCCAAACCAGAAGGCUCGGGUUCUACUGCGUGAUGUGAUGGAGAAGAUGAAGCCAUUCUUAAUGGCAUAUGAAGGGAUUCAAAGAAGAGUGGGAGACAUAUAUUUGAAACCUAAUCUCCCAACACCCAAUUCCAAAUACAAAUUUCCGAAAUCCAAAAAGAAUAGAAUGAGUAAGCACAAGAAAGAAGUAGGUAUGGAGAAAGCUGAAAAUGAUUUAGCUGCCGUGAUGGAUCAACACAAGUCAUGCAUAGUAAAAGAGCUGCAUGGAAUAGACUUUUGGAAGCUUAGAUGA